UCUCAGGUUCUUGUCUGGCGACCCGUCGCCAUUAAUGCAAGCUUGUUUUAGCGGAUAUAUUUUUUUGGCUAAAAUUUUCGAAUUUUUUAGGUUUUCCAGCUUUUGGAAAACAUUUAUCGCCUUGUUAAGGGCAUAUUGUUUUCCCUAGCGAGAAAAAAUCUUAAACUCGGGGGGUCUUGGCCCCGCGUGGCGAUUUUUCGUCCUCACUUCCAACUGCUUCGAUAACUUGAGACGCCGAAACCGUGUCUCUUAUUUUUUCUCGGGUUUGUUUAAUAGUCAAGAUGUCGCCGUGAUGGGGUCUCCGCGUUUGACAGAAAUGAAUCAGGGCCUUCGUCGCCUGACCCGCACUCACUGCAGUCCGCUUUCUUCCUCCGUUUUUCUGUUUGAUGCUAGAGAGCUCGGCGGCUCUCUGCCCGCAGCUCGGCCUCGACACCGCUCACUGCACGGAAACAAACAUGGAGAAGAACCCCAACAGCAGCAGCAGCACCAAGGUUCCGCCCCGUUCCAGCUCCACAGGCCCGCCACCGGGCGAAUCUAAACCCAAAACAGAAGGUAAAAAUAAUGGAGGCUCCAAGCGCUACAGCCGCAAGCGUGAGCCCUCCUUUCCUAAAGCCGACAGUUUCCCUGGCCCUCGCCGCACCAAUUCACAGAAAGGCAAGAAUUUUGACAAGAGACCCCCUCAGAGAGGUGGAGGGCGACAGUAUGGAGUUGCAGGUGGAGGACGACGUGAGGAGGUAGCAGAGACGCGCCGGGCUGAGUUUAGCCCGGCUCAGUUGGCUGGACCGAAAAAAAUAAGCCUGAACCACCUGCUGAACUUCACAUUUGAACCCCGUGGAGGUAACGGUGGCAUCGGAGAUGGAGGCCACUCCUGCUGGGGCCGUCGAAACAAGUGGGGCCACAAGCACAAGCCCUUCAACAAGGAGCUUUUUCUGCAAGCCAAUUGUCAGUUUGUGGUGACUGAUGACCAGGACUACAAGGCUCAUUUCACUGAUCCAGACACUCUGGUCAACUGGGACUGUGUGCAGCAAGUGCGCAUCUAUAGCCAUGAGGUGCCGUCUUGCCCCAUCUGCCUGUACCCUCCCGUGGCAGCCCGCAUCACCCGGUGUGGACACAUCUUCUGCUGGCCGUGCAUGCUGCACUACCUGUCUCUUAGUGACAAGAGCUGGUCCAAGUGCCCCAUCUGCUAUGAGGCAGUGCACACAGCUGACCUGAAGAGUGUGGUUGCUAUGGAGACCAGGCAGUAUGUCGCUGGUGACAUGAUCACCAUGCGCCUGAUGCGAAGAGAGAAGGGGGCACUAGUGGCCCUUCCUAGCGCUCAGUGGGUGAAGGUGGAGGAGCCGGUUCGCUUUGGAGAUGCUUCUUUGAGCCCAUAUUCCAAGCUGCUGCUGACCUCCCCGGCGCAGGUCCUGAAUCUGGUGGUAGAGGAGAAGGGAAUCCUUCAGGCUCAGUUUAGCCAGGAAGAGGAUGCCCAAGGGUGCUUCAUCCAGAGCGCCCUUUGUCUUUUACAGGAGCAGGAGGAAAAGCUUCUGAAGCAGCAGAAGGAGAAUGCAGACAGCCUUGACCUGUCCUCUCUGACUGUGAAAGAACCUUCUUCUCCUAUGGAAGAAGGGGUGACUAACAUCAGUAGUGCCAAGCCCGUGCUGCAGUACUCCUCAGCAUUUGAUGAUGAGGUGGAAGAGUUCGCAGAAGAUGCUGAUGCAGAGCUGCCAGGCUUUCCUGAAGCAAUUCUGGAGAGUGUGCUGGAGGAGCCUCCUGUGGCUACAGUGAAUGCCACCUCUGAACCCCACCUUGGAGAGGACGCCCUGGGUGACCAGGCAGAGUCAGGCCGCCCCUCAGCCAGUGUGGUGCAUGGACCUUAUUACUAUUUCUACCAAGCUGACGACUGCCAGCAGAUGUUCCUGCAUCCUGUGAAUGUGCGCUGCCUGAUACGCGAAUACGGCAGCUUGGAUUCCAGUCCUGAAUCCAUCACUGCCACAGUGGUGGAGAUAGUGGGACAUACAGUCACUGAGGAGAUCCGUCGCCGGCAUCGCUAUCUGGCUCAUCUGCCACUCACGUGUGAGUUCAGCAUCUGUGAGCUGGCACUACAGCCACCAAUCCUGUCCAAGGAAACUCUGGACAUGUUUGCAGAUGACUUGGAGAAAAGAAAGCGUUUGAGGCAGAAGAAGGCGAGAGAUGAGAAACGCAGAGAGAAGCGAAUUGAAAUCGAAGAGAACAAGAAGCAGGGUAAAUACCCUGAGGUGCAUAUUGGACUGGAGAACCUUCACCAUUUCCCAGCAUUCGGCUCUCCGCCUCACAACAGCAGUCCCCCGAUCCAACCUGACUUCACUUUUGCCCCUCCUUCACCCCUCAGCACCAGCCCUUCCUCUGAUGGGAUGAUAUUCCCAAGUCUGAAUACCCCAUCCCCUGUCGUGGGUAGUAUGGAGGAUGAGUCCCACUGCAUGUCCUUUGCACAGAUGCUAAGAGAUGGGAAAGCAAGAGUUGAUGCUGGACCCAGGAUUACUCCAAAGAAAGAUAAGCUGCUCGCUCCCCCGGCAGCAGACAGCGAUGGCGAGAGCGACGGCUCAGACCGUGUCCCUGUGCCCAGCUUUCAGAACUCCUUCAGUCAGGCUUUUGAGAAAGCACUUAUGCAGCUGGACAAUGGUCCAGUUUCUUCUCCACAACCCGUGGUUGAGCCAGAUGAAAAAGGAGGAAAGAAGAAAAAGAAAAAGCAGAAGCUUCUGUUCAGCACAUCCAUGAUUCACACGAAGUAGACAACACUGAAGUUCAUUUAAUCUCAUUGUUUCUUCCCCACGCUUGUUUUUACUUUCAUGCAGAGAUUUCUGGAACUAUAAGCUAUGGAAAAUGAUUUGUGUUCAUACUGCUUUAGACAUUGUUCCACUGGCUUGAUCCUCUGUUUUGAUGUCUUUCCAUCAGUUUAAUUUGCAUACCUUUUGUUGUACAACAAGGCCAAAGCUUUGCACCAUCAUUCUCAUGUCAUACUGAAAGCCUUAUGGGUUAAUUUUUUAACAUGCUAAGUAUUACGUGUGCUUCAGGCUUCCGUGACUUCCAUAUACCCAAGUGCAUCAUGGGGACUGUUGUAAGAAACUGACCCUGACCAUUACUUCUUGAGCCGUGUUCAUGGCAUUAACAUACAUUUUGGGUGAUCCAAUCACAAGUUGGCUACCUGAGUAUGCUUGUUCACACCGGGCAUCAGGCCAUGGAAACGGGCCACCUCAAGAAGACCAGAUGUGGUCUGGUCCUUAGUGCUAAGUCUACUUAGAGCUCACCCCUUGGAUCACCCAAGAUGCAAGUUUAAUGCCAUGUAUGCACGAGGCUUAGGACCCAUGAGUAAAAUAGACAAGGUCAUUUAAGGGUGCUUUAUACUAGAAUAGCAGUCAGCCAGCUGCAGGUGUGUUGCACCUUUAAAAUUUUCCAGGAUACUGAGUCUGGAACUGAAAACAGAAGGAAACAAGUGAGUAACAAUUUCAGUGUUUAUUGCAGGUCAUGUCUUGGGCUAGCUGUUCAUAAGUAUAGAUUUGGUGGAUUACCAGAAUCAAAGCUCUAGUAUUUGGUAACACCAACACACACACGCACACACACGCACACACACACACACACACACACACACACACACACACACACACCACACACACACACACAUUAAGUUCUAAUUUCUGAAAGUGAAACACACAGUAUUGUGUAAAAGUUGGUAGUUCUGUAGGUUCAACAGGACUCUGAUAUAGUCUGCCUGGAUAAACCAUAAAUAGCACUUUGUUAUUCUGUUUCUUCUUAAUUUCAUCUUCUGUUGUAGAAUGUUUACUCACUUUUAACAUUAUUUCCCCCGGUUUUACUUCAGUGUUGGAAAUGUGUGAAGCUAGAGAAUGCUGACAAUGCGUGCUGGUUAAAACGAGACAAGUGGAUUUGCUUUUGGUUUUUUUUUGUUUUUGUUUUGUUAUUUUAGGGUUCUUUAAUCCACCUUUAAUUUUGUGCAAGUUUAUAGACUGGUAAGCAUAACUAGUCUGUUGCAAAUAAUAAACAAUUAUGCACAAUCAAA